GGCAACAAACGCAGUGCAGAACGUCAGGCAGGCGCGACUUUCGUUGGCAAGGUGCGGUUGCUCAGUUUUUGACUGGUGAAAAAGUCGCAUCGCAUCGGCUGUUGAGCUUGCGAUGCGUUUUCCAGAAGGUCUCACACGAAAGUUUGCUACUGUAACUGUGUCACACGGCGCCCCAGGUCAAAAUUUAGCAUUAUGAUGAAAUAUGGUUAUAGCACGUGGCAUGUUAAAGACAUUCAAGAUCCGUUCAAUUGAGGUGCAUUACUCAGGGAGCUGGGCAGACGAAUUGGCGGCGAUUAUGGCCGACAAGAACGCCGAGUCGUAUUCUGUUCAAACGAAGGGCGGACAAGGUUCAUCCAUCCCACUUGUUGCUGGCGGGCAGCCGGGAGAGCUGGCCUCUACUCCCAUGAGCGAGGACUUCCCACUGAUCGUGAUCCCUAAGAAAGCUGAGGCAAAUCCUCACAAUCCUCAACGGCCGCAAGGGCUUGAAGGACUUGACUUCAUGCGUGAGUUCAUCAACCAGAGAGCAGGCGGUCCAAACCAUGGGCUGGAUCUUUGGCUUUGUCUGGCAGGCACGUGGACGAGUGAUAAGCUUGGUGAGUUGAGCUUUGGCUGGUGA